AUGACCGAUAUCUCUCAGAUUUACGUGGGUGCUCAGAUCACUCUGCCUAGCUCCGCAGCCCUCGGGCUGGAGGCGAGGACAUGGGUGAUCGAUGAGGAGGUUUAUGAUAAUCGAAUCGAUGACGUGCAUGAGCAUAUGUCGAGUCCCAGUCCCGGAACAAUGCCAUCCGGCUGGAAGGCUAAGUACCUGUGUCAUGAUCUCCAUAAUCCCCAAACUGAAGCCUUCAUGAGAGUCUUUUCUCAAGGCCCUGAUGAAGGAACAGAACGCUUUCCACCGCAUAUGCGAGCCCAACAGGCAGAUCCUAGCGUUGAACAUUACGAAGCCCAAGCUCGGAAGGCGUUUCAACAAGGCGGAUGCCGAAGUGUGCCUCCACUACUUGGAUGGGGUCAAUCCGUGCAGGGAGAAUACGGACCUGUACCUGGAGGAUACAUAACCCAUCUUGUUUGGGAAAAGGUCCCCGGGGAAAUCUUGAGUCCGGAAUUCUUUUGGUCACUCUCACAAUCGAGACGUGAUCUGAUUCGUGACAAGUUCCGGAUUGCAUAUCAGGAAAUAUUGUCAUUCGGUUGGGUUCCAGGAGGGCAGCAUAUCGGAAAGAUAAUAUGGAACGAAGAGUCUACUGAUCUAUGGAUCUCAGGGUUUCACGGUUCGUUGAGAACGGAUAGACAGUUGUCGAAUGACGUUCUGGCUCAUUUUGAAUUGAUCAAACCACCCCCGCGUGGCCCCUGUGAUCCCUUGCUCCACCCUCGUGGCAGCUGGGACAAGUGGAAGUGGUGA